UACCCCUUUUUACAAAAAAGCACAUGCCAACCUCCUCUGACCCUCCUUUAUUGCUCUAUUUCCACCCAGUUUCCCUUCCCUCUUUCUUCGUUCUUUCUAUAUAUAUUCAUCAUUUGAUUCUUCAUCUUCUUCUUCAUACUUGGUCAAUUCCAGGAAAGUUUCAGCUUUUUUAUGAAUAUAUUAGAUCUGGGUCUUUGCUUAAAGAUUGAAAAAAAAGCUAUGAAUUCUUCUUCUUCUUCAUGGGUUGAUUCACUGGAUCUUAAUGCUUCUUCAACAAAGUCCCUUCAACUUGAAACUCCUGUAAGUCAUCCUAAUACCAGCAACAGCUUAAUUGUAUUUGGAAGGAAACUUUCAGUCAAAGAAGAGAGUGGUGCUUUAGUGGAGGAACUGAACCGUGUAAAUGCAGAAAAUAAGAAGCUAACUGAGAUGUUAAAAGCAAUGUGUGAGAGCUAUAAUGCAUUGCAAAGCCAGUUAGUGGACUUGAUGAACAAGAAUACUGAGAAAGAACUUAGUCCUACAAAGAAAAGAAAAUCAGAAACCAGCAACAACAACAAUGGGAAUAUCAUUGGGAAUUCAGAGAGUAGUUCAACUGAUGAAGAAGAAUCAUGUAAGAAACCUAGAGAAGAAAUCAUCAAAGCCAAAAUUUCAAGAGCUUAUGUCAGGACUGAACUAUCUGAUACCAGCCUUGUUGUAAAGGAUGGAUAUCAAUGGAGGAAAUACGGGCAAAAAGUCACCAGGGAUAAUCCCUGUCCAAGAGCUUAUUUCAAGUGUUCUUUUGCACCAAGUUGCCCUGUUAAAAAGAAGGUGCAAAGAAGUGUCGAUGAUCAAUCAGUUCUAGUUGCAACAUAUGAAGGUGAACAUAAUCAUCUUCCCCCUUCUCAAAUCGAGGCAACAUCGGGUUCGAGCCGCCUUGGUUCGGUCCCUGUUGGUUCGACUCCGGUUAAGUCAUCAGGUCCAACCAUUACUCUAGACCUCACCAAUUCAAUCAAGUCAAGUGAUGAAGCUAGAAACUCAAAGCCAAAACUGGAUUCACCAGAAGCUACGCAAUAUUUGGUGGAACAUAUGGCAUCUUCUUUAACUAAAGACCCUAAUUUCACUGCAGCACUGGCAGCUGCUAUUUCAGGAAGAAUGUUUUCAACAAAUUCCAAUUGAGAUAUAUAUAUUAAAAGAGAGGGUUUUAUUCUAUGAUUUUUAUAAGCUUAUAUUAUAAUUAAAUCUUUGCAUUUAGAAUGUUAUAAUUUGUAAAUACAACCUUGCAAAAAAUGAAAAAAAAAUGGGAUUUGGAUUCUGUACAA